UUGGACACCCAGUGCCAAGUCUCCGCGCGAACCGCGAUAUUGUCCAACUCCAAACUUCCCUCCGAUCGCGAGUAAGGUGUGUGCGCGCGCGCGUUACGCGGGAAAUAUUGUGGCGUUUCCUUAAGAUUUUAUAAACAACUAUUUAGAGCCAAGCUGUUUAGUUCUACCGCGGGUCAGUCGGUUGAGCUCAAAAACGUUUCGCGUUUAACAGGGAAUAGGUUCAUUCAAAUGAGUCUAAGCUAUUGAGGUCCAGUCGGAGUGUACACGUUCAACAUAGUUAAUCAUCAUGCGGGUGAUAUUGGUUCCAUGGAUCAAAAAACUGCCCUACCUUCACCUGCUCACCGCCAUCAUCCUUGCGUCAUACACCAGCACUAGCAGCGCACUCGAAACUCCCGAACCGUCCUCUCUCCUCCGGCCCCGUGACAUCAACCCGCACCCGUACGACAAUGCGUACGACGGGGUCAGCAUCUUCGACAAAAAUCUAAUCAUCAACAGCGAGAAAUUUAUGCAGAACUUGCUCAACCAAGGUCCCGUACAGUUCCCACGGCUUGGACCGGGGGCUGCCGCCGCGAUGCAGGCCCUGCCCAAUCCGUACGAGAAGUUUGCACUCAAGGAACGACUCACCAAAACCGAACGCUUCCACGGCGGGGACAGUCCGAUCGUCAAGCCAGCCUACCGAGCGUUGGCCAAGCACGCGGCCCGGGUUCUGAGCGGUCAACCGCUGGGAGGAGCUGCCCAGGGAGGUGGCGGCGGCUACGAAGAGAACGAGAUUGAUCACUACAAUGAAGCAACCAAUCUCAAAAAGCACUACGUUUUCUCGUACGCCGUGAAGGACGCCACGUCCGGGGAUGAUUUCUCCCACACCCAGCAGCAGCAGGUGGACGGAGCCGUCAAGGGUAGCUACAAGGUUCAGCUGCCCGAUGGUCGCAUGCAGAUCGUCAAGUACGUGGCCGACAACAACGGGUACCGAGCGGAUGUAACGUACGAGAACGACCCUCAUCCAAAUUCCAUCAACCACGUGACAGCUGCCGCCCCGCACGUGGUCCGACAAGUUCCCGUCACAGCUGUCCCCGUGGCAUCUCCGCUGCAGUCGGCCCAACCGAUCUACAACUACUACCGCAAUCUACAGCAACAGCAACGCCAGCAGCAAUUCCAACACUACCAACAGCAACGACCUCAGCAAACAGUCUACUACGCACAAGCAACCCCAACUCAGAUCCCUGCCCCGUACUACCCAUCCCGGCUACGCGUUGAUGACGUCAAGAUCCACAGCUACAACACCGCUCCCCACGCCAAGACUAUCAUCCAGUCAACCCUCGCUCCAGCUCAACACCCCGGAGCCUACCUGGCUUAUCAACCCGCCGGAAACGUGGCCUACGUCUCGUCCACGCCGAACCCCGCCCAAAUCCAGUCAAACACCCUGGCCCAAGCCGGCCUCAUCCCCGUAGUCGUAACAACAGCCCGGCCCUCCGGACUCCCCAUCUACCGGGACAUCAACGUAACCCCGAUCCCUUCGCCAACCGCCCGAAGAACCACAAUCUACGACAACCGGGUGGUAGCUCCUCAUCAACAGCAGCAGCAGCAGUUCUACACCCAGGUCGCCCCGGCUCAACAGAGCAGCCAACCUGCUGCGUACGACUACGAUUACGUGCAGAUACCGGCCAGCAACCACGUGUACAAACGGAACACCGACAAGGACAGCAAAGUUGAGGGCGCUGCUGGAGGCAGUGCAACGGUCACGACAAACCCAAAAGCGAUGAAAUGAUGAUGCCAUGAGUUUGCACAUUCUGAGCGCGGCGCGAACGUCCGGAGGAAUAGCACAAUUUAGUCGUAUGCUGAGGAAAGAUAAACAAGAUUUAUACAAAUAUUUUUAGAAAAAGUCACUUCCCAGAUGUUGAGUCUCACUCUUUUGCUGUCGCUCUUUUAUAUACGUAUUUUAAUUUGAUUUAAUGCGAACGAACGAUGAAAUACAUUGCCAUAAGGAUAAAGUG